AUGAGCGCCAGAGCAAACGCGUCGGUCUCGGGUUUGCUCCGCGAGGCGAAAGAGGCACUUCGCGACAAACGUUACGCCUAUGCGCUGGAGUGUGCCCGGCAGGUCCUUCAACAGGAUCGAGGCAACUACUUCGCAUACGUUUUCGUGGGUGCAGCUGCAGCGGGCCUUGGCGAGCGAGAACGAUCGCUCCAGGCUUACCAGCGCGCCACAGCGCUGCGUCCGACGGACCUCUUGGCAUGGCGAGGACUCUGUGAGUCCGCCGCUGAGGCAACGGGAACCGAGUCGACAGCCUACUGGCGUGCGGUUCUCGAAGCGUGCGACCGCUGCAUAGAAGCCGAGCCAACAGCGACAGAUGAACAGCGACUUGAGCAGCUUCUGGUGCGUCGUCAACGAGCACUCGACGUCUUGUGUGGACGAACACCCUCGGAUCAUGCAUUCAACGAACUAGACUGCGAACGUCUCCAGGCACGUUUCGAAGUGGAACACCGUGAGCCCGACGCGCUCGAGUGGCUACACAUGGCUGGCUACUUGAAAAGCAGCACCACCGGCGGACUCGUGGCGUUGUGGAGAUGGUUUCAACGUGCAGCAACAAGGGCAUGGCGCGAGCACCCUGUUCGCUUUGACGCGUACCUCCGAGCAGCAAUGAGCAUGUGGACGUACGCAGGCGACCCGCAUGCGCUGCUGGACUCCUGGAUAAACGGUGCCGCAAGCGGUGACGUCGUAUGCACCAGCGUACUCGAAGCGUUGCUGUUCAACGACACAGCGCCGCAGUCGUUGGUAAACUCAUGGCGAGAAUGGUGCCAGCGAACGGUUCACCGAGUGCCGUAUAGUGCGCACACCAACGAGCUGGCUCGGGUGCUUCUUUUCGUGAUUGCUAUUCGAUGUCGGAAUGACGACAGCAGAAGCACUGCCGCUCGAAGCAGCACCGAGGACCUCGCCAUCGACAACUUUAGAGGUAAGACACCUCUGACGCAGGCGCUACUGCAGUUGGGUGUCGGCAUGCACCGCAGAGAAUGGCAUGUCGUUGCUCGAGCUGCUGGACGCGCGGUGCAGCAUCUCCGCGAGCUUCAGUCAGAGCAGCGACAUCUUUCCGUACUCCUUGCAUCGCUCCAUUUGGCCGUGGGUAUUGCGAAGCAUGCGCUGGGUCAUCCGCAGGAGGCACAAGAUGCUUUCCAGAUGGCUCUGGAGGUUCUUCACACCGAAGCGUUCACGGGCGAUGCGGUGCUCUGGUCGACGCGUCUGCGCUGUGCUGCCUGGCGCCUACUUGCAGUGGAGCUUUGGCAACACAACGAUGUGCGCUCGCGCCAACGAGCACUGUCGCUCUGUGAACAGGUGUUGGCGGCUGAUCCGAAUGACUUGUGGGCACAAGUUCAUCGCAUAGAGUGGCACGAUGAGCAGGCACGCUCAGAGGCGUCACUGGGGCGCUCCUACGCUGGUGACCGCUGCGUCGACUGGGAGCGACACUGGUCAGUGCUGCAAAAUCUGCGGGUGGAAGCAGAUGACCACGAGCCGACACCGAUGCCCCUGGGACUUGUGCUUCUUGGAUGGGGUCGUGACGUCGCCUCGACCUCUCGCCUACGAGCACUCGCCUUGCAAAGUCGGGCACGACAUCGCCGUCUGCGGCACCAGCGUAAGCAAUCCGCCCCAGUGGAGUGCGACGCCAGCUCCAGAGCUGCUGAUGCGAUACCAGACUUGCUGGCGGCGAUAGCAAUCGACCCGUGUUUCGGUGCACCGUACCUGGAGCUGGCGCGCGUACUCUGGGAAAGCGCCCUAGCGCUGGGUUGGCCGUCGGGUGCCGGCGAACGUGCCCUGGUGCUGGACACCCCGGCACCAGAGAUGGAUCACGCUAUCUGGAAAGCGUCGGGUAGCGCUAAUCCGACCGCUGCUGCAAGUCUGGCUGCAGUACGCGCAGGAGCCUCGGGCUGUGGUGCAUUGUCUGGAGCGGUGCCCUUCGCGCGACCGAGCGUUUCGGUAUCACUGCUCCCACAUGAUGUGCAGGUGCCGGUUACAGACUCGAGCGCGGCUCAUCAGACGUCGACGACAGCGUCCAUGAAUGCUUCGGGUACUCCGAACGAAGCGGACGCCGCUCGACUGAGGCAGCGGAGCGAACCCAGUGCGACGAAGCGACCGGGUACGUUGUCGCCGUCAUCAUCGACACUGGACAAUGCGACGCGCAGUGCAGAGCCUCAAGACCGGCGCACAGGCCCAGGUGAGGCGCAGGGGAGCGCUGCAUCCGCAGAGCAUCCGUUGCCUGGAAACGAGCCCCUGUCGCAGGAGCAUGCCAGUGUCACAGAGCAGGUGAAUCGCGGCGAUGCACGAGAGCGUUCUCAGAAAGCUCGCCGGUACUGGCAGCUCGCCCUGCAUUGUCUCGAAAGAGCGCAUGCACUCGAACCGAGCGAUGAAACUGCCGCGCUACGACUUGUACAGGCUUACUCGUGGCUCCUGCACGAGCAGGUGCAACGAAUGGACUCCAGCGCCGUCUGGAACGCCGUCCAACGCAUGGAACAAGUGUGCCUGACGACGAUCGCUGCUCAUUCGAGGACGCUACCAUGGGCCUGGUUCACGUUAGGCUGGUUGCAGUUCGAGCGGCAGGACUGGUCGGCUUGCUCCGUCUCACUCCAAAAAUACCUGCAGACUGAGGAUGUCAGUGCCUUUCGAGAUCGUCGGCGACUGCUCGCCUGGUACGCACUCGGGGAGGCCUACCAGCAGCAGGGUAAGAUUGUUGCAGCUGCCGAGGCGCUUUCGCGGAGCUGGAGUUUCCGAGACCAUCUGAUGCGUUCAUCCAGUAGCGACGCGCUCCAGUUGAUGACACUUGUCGGUACAGCGUAUGCGUCGCUCUUGGCUGCAGAGGGACGGCACACCGAGGCCUUGAGCCUCGUUGGCGAGCUCGAACGCUUGUUGCUUGAGCGAAACGCCGGCGGUGCGUCACAUGAAAGCGAACGAGCUGCGCACGCGCGCUACACAGAGGCACCUGAGGUGCCAGGAGCAGCCGCCUCCGCAGUGGAGACGGAAAUAUGGAGUGGAAUCGCGGGGCAGCGGGCUUGCCUAGACGGUACCCGGGGUACUGUCGACUCUGCAGCGCGAGCAGGAGCGGAAACAGCCGCUGUUGCUCCUGCUGCAACUGCGCAUGCUGCUGUGGCGCUUCCGACAGCGCCCAUCGUGUCGACAAGCGACAACGCACAACCUUCGACAGCGACUGUGCAGGGACAACCCGACGGAACCGGGACCCGCAACAUGCAAGCCUCGUUGUGCAUGCUAGAUGCGCUUUUGUAUUCGAGUCUAGCGCGCAUUCAGGAUAGCUUUGCUGAGCUGCAGUGGACGCUCGGAUGCCAGCGAGCAGCACAGCACAACUGGCACAUGGCGAUGGAGGCACUCGAGCGCGCCAACCGAGCGCUGCCGUCCGGAGCAGGCACCGCAGCACUCGAGAGUCGCUUUGUUCAGAUCGUGAUGAAGGUCUUGCGACGUCUCGGGCCAGCCGCGUUGACAGCUCUCUGCUCGUCCUCGUGCUCGGCAGGCGAGGAAGCAGCGUCACGGUCGCGUUCCAGCGCGACUUUGGUUGUAACCGAGGCUUCAGUACCGAGUUUGCGUCGCAUUCGCGAGGUGUUGCAGCGCAUACUGGACCGUUCUGGCGGUGCCCGCGCUCAGCCUAUCCUCUUCGCGAUGUUGCAGCUGCUCGCUUUACUCGAAUGCGUUCGAAGUGAUGAUGGGGCUCAGGACGGCUUGGAGUCCGGUGUCCGACAAGCCCUUGAGACGCUCAUCAAUACGUUGCAGGGAGCGGGACCGAAGGCGCGUGGACCUCUGGCGGGCUUGCUUCUGGUGAGCCUCGCCUUCACCGGAUGCAUUUGCUACCACGACGUGGAGCGCUGGUCGUUACUCUCGCGUCUUGGUCGACUUGAUAUCGAUACCGCGGUUGUCGUGGUGGCGUUGGCGCUUCUGAAUGAGGUGCGCUGUCCGGAGGCAGCCCUGGCCUCUGCGGACGAACGACAGAUUGCGACAGAUUCGGCGUCUUUGGGGCACGACUCGAGCACAGCGCUCGAACGUGGUCUCGAGUGGCUCUAUGCACACCACACGGACAGCAGACUAGGCACAACGCUCAUGGCGAUGGUUUAUGAGCGUCUUCUGGGCGAUCUGAACAGCGCAGAUCGUUUCUCUGAACUGAGCGUGCUUGCCGAUCCGACGGAGGCGCUUGCGCAGCUUCGUGCUAUUCCCGCCUUUUUGCGACGGAGCUGUAGCGCUACCGAAGCGCUCAGUGCUGCGGACUGGAUUCGACAUGCGUUCUAUUGGCGCCGAGUCCAGCAACACGGCCUCUUGUGGCCGCCCCCGCAGCCGAUGAUGCGAAUCACGACGCCUUUAGCGGCUGAGAUGAAGCAGCAGGCGUUUUGUGAAGUAGCAGCCCAGUUGGAUGCGUACUGGUCGGAAAAUAUUGCUCGACUUGCUGGUGAACGACGGCAACACGCUCUGGCGGUAGGCAUCGAGAUAGAGGCAGCAUCAGAGGGCGACGAGUCACCAGAGGCGUAUCUGGACUGGAUUCACCGUUACCCGGACCUGGCUGAGGUGAGGCCCUUCGCCUGGGGCCCCCAGCAGCCACCCCAGUGA